GGACUCCAGCGUUGCACCCAGAAAAGGGGCCUUGGGAGAGCUCGGGUGACGUGACGUCGAAGGAAGGGCUUCCUGUGUCUUGUGUAAAGACCUGCUCACGUGGAAGCCCGUCCACAUGGGCUGCCUUUCAAUGAGCUGGACACGGGGAGAAGUCCCCCUCCGCGGGGCCGGCCGCCCGGUCCGCGCCGGACUUAAGUAAUAGUGACAGACACCAGGUUACUCAAGAGACCCCAAAUGACGACAGCCCGGGUCUCUUCUUUAAACUUUGUUUCGUGUCGUUGUCACUGUCGAGUGCUCCAGCUUUACUUUGGAAACGACUGAAUUGCCAGUCUUGAAGUAAAAAGGAGCCAGGUGACUGAUGGACGUUUCUUUUGAGGUCCAGCCCGGUUAGGAACAAGAAAAGUAGAAAUGAAGGUACACAUGCACACAAAGUUUUGCCUCAUUUGUUUGCUGACAUUUGUAUUUCAUCAUUGCAACCAUUGCCAUGAAGACCAUGACCAUGACCAUGGCCCUGAAGAGCACCACAGACAUCACUGUGGAAUGACAGAAUCGGAGUCAAGCAAAUUUUCAGUGCUGGAUGCUGAAAAUCAAAAAAAAUGCUACAUAGAAAAACUUUUUACCCGUUAUGGUGAAAAUGGAAGAUUAUCCUUUUUUGGUCUGGAGAAACUUUUAACAAACUUGGGCCUUGGAGAGAUCAGAGUAGUUGAGAUUAAUCAUGAGGAUCUUGGCCACGAUCAUGUAUCUCACUUAGAUAUUUUGGCAGUUCAGGAGGGAAAGCAUUUUCACUCACAUAACCACCAGCAUUCCCAUAAUCAUUUAAAUUCCGAAAAUCAAACUGUAACUAGCGUAUCAACUAAAAGAAACCAUAAAUGUGAUCCAGAGAAAGAGACCAUUGAAGUUUCUGUAAAGUCUGACGCCAAACGUCCACAUGACCAUAGUCGGCGACAACAUCAUCACCAUCACCCGCACCAUCACCUGGAUCAUAACACCACUCGCCAUUUUCAUAAUGAUUCUGUUACUCACAGCGAGCGUGGGGAGCCUAGUCAUGAGCCAUCAACAGAGACCAAUACAACACAGCAGCGCGAAGUUAAGCAGCCGAGACAGAAAAAGAGAAGAAAGGGGAAGAAAAGUCAUGACAAUUCUGAGGUGACCACACCAGGUUUCCUCCCUGGCCAUGAUCAGGGUGAACAGUAUGAGUACAAUCAGGUCUACAAAGCUGAUCGUGCACAUGGCCAAGGCCAUUCUAAUACACACCUUCCACAACAUAAUGGUCAUGAUUCAGGCCAUGGACACCAAGGUCUUGAUCAUGAUAAUGAAAGUGAACUUCGACAUACUAGCAAGCGAGAAGCUUCACAUGUUAAAAAAAGUGCAAUUUAUUCAGCUGCUAAUCACAAAGAUCAUAGUGAAGAUGACCAUCAACAUGAUGAGUGCUUGAACGUCACUCAACUGUUAAGACAAUUUGGUCAUGAUGUCAACUCUCCUAUCACACCUGAACUCUUUACAUGCCUUUGCCCUGCACUGUUAUAUCAGAUUGACAGUAGACUUUGUAUUGAGCAUUUUGACAAACUUUUAGUUGAAGAUCCAGAAAAGGAAAAAAAUCUUGUUCCUGACGAUAAGUCAAAUGUAGGAGCGUCAGCUUGGAUUUGUGGUAUCAUUUCUAUCACUGUCAUUAGCCUGCUCUCCUUGCUAGGCGUGAUCUUGGUCCCCAUCAUUAACCAAGGAUGCUUCAAGUUCCUUCUCACAUUCCUUGUGGCACUAGCUGUAGGUACGAUGAGUGGGGAUGCCCUUCUUCAUCUACUGCCCCAUUCUCAAGGUGGACAUGAUCACAGCCAUUCACAUGCUCAUGGGCACGGACAUUCUCAUGGGCACGGACAUUCUCAUGGGCAUGGACAUUCUCAUGGGCACGAAUCUAAGAAGUUCUUGGAAGAAUAUGAUGCUGUGUUGAAAGGACUUGUGGCUCUAGGAGGCAUUUAUUUGCUAUUUAUCAUUGAACACUGCCUUCGAAUGUUUAAGCACUACAAACAAAGAGGAACACAGAAAUGGUGUCAGAAGCAGAGUACAGAAGAAUCAGCUAUUGGAAGGAAGCUUUCAGACCAUAAGUUAAAUAAAAUCCCAGAGACUGACUGGCUCCAGCUCAAGCCUCUUGCCGGAACUGAUGACUCGGUUGUUUCUGAAGAUCGACUUAAUGAAACUGAACUGACAGAUUUGGAAGGUCAACAAGAAUCCCCUCCUAAAAAUUACCUUGGUGUGGAAGAGGAGAAAGCCCGGGACCAUUCUCACACUGAUGGGCUGCACAGCGUUCGUGAGCAUGAUCUCCAUGUGACCACACAUAACCACCACGAAGAGAGUGAGGCUGCGCUGAAGAAGCAUCCCCAUCAGUGGCACCACAAGCAUCCCCAUCACUCCCAUGGCCCGUGUCAUUCUGGAUCAGAGCUGAAAGAAACAGGAAUAGCUAACAUAGCGUGGAUGGUCAUCAUGGGGGAUGGCAUUCACAACUUCAGUGAUGGGUUAGCAAUUGGAGCAGCUUUCAGUGCUGGAUUGACUGGAGGCAUCAGUACUUCCAUAGCUGUCUUCUGCCACGAGUUGCCGCAUGAAUUAGGUGAUUUUGCAGUUCUUCUUAAAGCAGGCAUGACUGUAAAACAGGCCAUUGUGUACAACCUCCUCUCUGCCAUGAUGGCGUACGUAGGCAUGUUGAUAGGCACAGCCGUCGGGCAGUACGCAAACAACAUCACACUUUGGAUCUUUGCCAUCACAGCAGGCAUGUUCCUCUACGUAGCCUUGGUAGAUAUGCUUCCAGAAAUGUUGCACGGUGAUGGUGAUAACGAAGAACAUGGCUUUUGUCCAGUGGGGCAGUUCAUUCUUCAGAAUUUAGGGCUGCUGUGCGGAUUUGUCAUCAUGCUGGUGAUUGCUCUUUUUGAAGACAAAAUUGUGUUUGACAUCCAGUUUUGAGCAUUCUCGCGAUCACCCACCGUUGCUUAUGAGAAUGGUGCCCUUCAGCUUUGCAUCUGUCCCAUGUACUAUUCGCUCACUGCUCAAAGGAAAGUCAGUGGCUUGCACUACUUACACCUUCCAUAGAUUUGAGCCUAAACACAACAGCCUGGUGCUCGGAGAGAUUUCCCUGAGUGAAAAGCAAAGCUUGUGAUGAGGAAAGGGAAAAUGGGACUCGGAACCAUUGUUGAUGUAGGUUUGAUUAAGACUUUUUAAUAAUCAUAUAAAACACUAAAGUAGUCGCUUUAUUAGUAGAAACUUCUGUGACUAUGCAGAAAUAGGAAUUGAACCAAAAAUAAAAAUUAUAAAAAUAAUCAAAUCAUCAAAACUUUGAAAAUAUUUUAAAUGGACUUUGGGCAGACUAUUUGUGCUUAAGAAUGAAUUAUAGUGCCCUUUAAUUAAGCUACAUGUAUACACAUGGUAUUAGGAUUCAACCUGACAUAAGUUUGAAAAUGCAUAAAAUAGACUGUAGGAAUUAGAGGAAAGCUCAGGCUGCAUUUGAGCAUGGAUUUAGCAUUGGGAAAAGUCCUUAUUCUUGAAUCUAGAGUUACUAUUUUUGUAUAUAUUUGCAUAGUGUUUAAACUUGCAGCCUAAACUACUGAAAAUUGUGAUUGUAUGUUUGUGUGAGCUUCAGUUUAAUGAAAGAUUCAUGAUGGUUCUUUGUAUUACUAUUAUACUUGGUGUUUGGGAUUUUUUUAAACUUCAAUUUUGUUUAGGUGUUUUUGGGAGCAGUGGGGCACAUGGUAAACAUGUUUGUUUGUUUUUUUCUUAAAAUAGAAUAUAUCCCAAAAAUGAUGAACCCAAAUAAGGUCUAAGUAUUCCAUUUCUCUGUAUGAAUAGUACUAACUCUUACAUGACUGGGGGAAUUUCGGUUCUGAAUGUACACAUUACCCGUUUGGCAUUAGAACCGAGAGCGCAUGCUGUGGGAGGCAGUAAGGUUGUAAAUGGAAAGCCCAGCUUUUACCAUGCCCCGAAUCUACACAUGAAGCGGCAGGUAAGACCUUGAUUAGGAUAACCUCAAUUGAUCGAUACCACGACUGUCGUGGUACCAAGUAACUUGGAAUACAGGUUCAUAUAACAAAGCUGAAAUUACUUGAUCAUUUUGUGCCAGGAUAUGCUGUUGGUGCCUGAUAAGGAUUAGUGUCUUUUUGGUGCCCUGCGUUCCCACCAUAAUUGCCAGUGAUUUGUGAGAAGUGCAAGCCAUGUUUAUCCUGAAUUUUGCCCUAAUAAUUUGUAAUACUAGGCAAAUGCAUGUAGCUUCCUGUUUACAUAUUGUGCCAUAUGAUCUUCAUUUAUUCCAGGUGAACUGGAUCUGAACUGUGUGCAGCUAGCUUGGCUUUAAUUUGCUCGGCAACUUAUGUAGCUGCUUAAAAAAAAAAGUGUAUUGUUCAAAUAUUCGAGGGCCAGCCCUCUUCCAUUCUAUUUUAAAUGUCCUCCUGUCCUCUCCGCUCUAAGAACUUUAAAACAAAAACUCGGAGGGCAGCACAUGCAUCAAGGUAUUCAGAGCCCAUUGCCAGUGUUUCUUCUUCCGGCUCCGGGCAGGGGAUUAGAUGUUGACUUCCUUAAUUUAAGCUUACUAUCUGAAAACAUUCUUUCUGGCUUUCUCCAUGGCCUCCUGGUAACAAAUAGGAGUUUAUACGUUAUUUUUAGCAGUGGGCACUGAAUUAGGACAGUCCUCAUCUCAUUGCUUGGCGCUUCCAGCAACCUACCUAAAAGGUGCUGAUAAUUUUAUUUAGUACCGCCAACUUCAAGUGAUUCAGAGGUCUUGCUUUCUGAACCAGAUAUAUUUAUAGUCAGUGUUACAGUUUUUUACACCCAAGGAGGAUUCUGUACUCCUGCAUCAAAUCUGCUUCAUUUAGGGGUUUUUGAAAAGCAACAGGUGGAAUAUACUCCCAGUCUUAAAAUAAAAUGCCUGAUCUAAAGCAAAAGGGUCAUGCUGAAGUAUGUAAAGUUUUCCAAUCUCUCAAAAACGGUAUUAUCUUUAUUUGCUAGAGUUUUUAAACCUUUUAAGAGGGCUGUAACCAUUGCUGCUAGAAAUGUCAUUAGGGUGCCACCAGGUUGCACAUCAUUCUAAUGUAUAGUUUCAAGUCUUACUAGACAAUCUGAAUUCCACUACAUUUCUGUUUGGCUCCAACAUUCCAUUUAGCCUGACCAGUCUAAUUUGAACACGUGUCUGUUGGUGGUCAUUAAUGUUACUUGUACAAUGCUGUCACUGUGUGACAUCCAUAUGAAUUUUGGUGUACAUCACAUUGCAUUCAAUCAGCUGUGAUUAUGCUUAGAAAUACUAUAGUAACUAGAUGCAGUGUGAAUUUUUCCAUGACCAGUAAGUAUGUGGCUUAAAUGUGAUAAUGGUCCUGCAAGUUUAAGCUUGCUUGCUCAAAUAUCUAAACCCUUUUUGUUGUAACUGAAUCAUUUUUUAAAAAAAACAAAAUUUAUAAAGCUGGAAAUAAUGAAAUGCUGUUUUUUCAUUGUCAACAGUGGUGUGUCAUUGUGUGUAUGUUUCUGAGGCUUCUGGAACUCUCCCAAAUAAAGUUAUUCAAAAGAGCAAAGAGA